AUGGGCCAGGCCAUUACACCUUUUGCUAGACCCACAGCCACUGCCUGCCAGUAUUCCAACUGUUCUGUUUCUGCGACUCGUGGCGAGAAAUUUGGUUGGGAGCAAAAAAAUUUCAACACUACCAUCGUCGCAGCGACUGUGGUAACAAUAGUAAACACAAAUUUGCAAACGUCGAGGUUGACUACGAUAUUCAAUGCGCUGCUAGCUGGCUACACUUUACCGCCAACAAACUCCGACGGAACGGUAAUACAGAGAAUAACCUAUACAACACUCGGCCAGGUCCUGACAACCGAGCUAGCGUUUCCUUCGUCAUUUUGCGUAUAUGUGGACGCUUACACCUGGAACGACGUAGCCCCGCUCAGAGAUUGUUGGAUAGCAGUCACUUCGCCGUUUAUCCCGCAUUGGACAGCGCAGUUCUUGACGCAUACUUCUACUUCUUUCGAAAGUAACGGCGAUGUUUCAACUUCAUCUGCUGCUCCUGCUAUAUCACCUCCUCCACCUGCUCCAUCUAGUGGCCCCAGUCCUCAACUGCCAGUUGGGCAGACAUUCUCGCCGCCAUCGCUUCCAGAAAACUCAGAACCCUCCUCACUCUCUUCAAGUUCAUAUCAAUUACCACCAACGGCCCAAUCUACAAAUCCGACGACACCCGUAUCUAAGCUUUCCUUAUCAACAAACGGUGUCCCACCGGGGUCCACACCACAGCAAAGCACGCUGGAAUUAGGCGGUAGUGCAGUAGUAACAUCUACUGGUGUUACGAAUGGUGUUAGUUUCCCGAAUAUCUAUACCACCACUGUCCCUAGCACUAGUCAGUUGGUGACGAGUAACGGAACCUUGGUUGCUCAACUGUAUGGGUUUAAAAAUCUAAAUUAA